ACCGCACACGCUCUACUUCCCGAACAAAGCAAAGCAAAGCACGGACGGACGGACGGGCUCUGCACGAGGGCGUCGCGUCGCCUCCGCCCGCCGGACACAUCCCCGGCAAUAAUGAGGCCCCCCGGCCGGCGCCGCGUCCUCGCCGCCGGCGCCUGCGCGCUGCUGCUGGCCGCGACCUUCCUGGCGGCCGGCCUGUUGACGACGUCCUCCCUGGCGCCGUACCUGCUGCCGCCGCUGGCCCUGUCGCUGCCGUGCCUGCCGGCGGUGACCGCGCCGGCGGGGUCCGGGUACGGCGCGGCGCCGGGCGUGGCGGCGCUGGCGGAGGCGGCCGUGGCGUACGCGACCUCGGAGACCGUGCCGCAGCAGUCGGUCGACGAGAUCUCGCUGUCGCUGGCCGUGCUGCGGCGGCGCGCGCCGCUGCGGCUGCUGGUGUUCGGGCUGGGCCACGACUCGAGGCUGUGGCACGCGCUGAACCCGGGCGGCGCCACGGUGUUCCUGGAGGAGGACCCGGCGUGGUACCGCGUGGUGCGGGCGCAGUCGCCGUUCCUGCGCGCGCACCUGGUGGCCUACCGCACGCGCCUCGACCAGGCGGACCGGCUCCUGGCCACGUACAGGCGGCACCCGGCCUGCCUCCCCGGCGGCGGCGGCGGCAACGACACCCUGCAGCUGCCGCGCGUGCGCGGCAACUGGGCGUGUCCGCUGGCGCUGUACAACCUGCCGCCCGAGGUGUACGAGACCGAGUGGGACAUGGUCAUGAUCGACGCGCCCAAGGGGUACUUCGCGGCGGCGCCCGGGAGGAUGGCCGCGAUAUGGACCGCGGCCGCCAUGGCCCGCGCGCGCCAGGGCGAGGGCGACACCGACGUCUUCCUGCACGACGUCGACCGGAGGGUGGAGAAGGCGUUCGCCGAGGAGUUCCUCUGCGAGAGAUUCCGGGUCGGCGGCACCGGCCGGCUCUGGCAUUUCAGGAUCCCGCCAGUUUCACGGCGUGGGGAGGACGGCACGGCGACCGCCGGUGACCGGAACCCGUUUUGUUAAGGCGCCGGUGAGAGUCUUGGACGGUCUAUUUGGCCCUAUUUGGGACGGUCUAUAGUUAGUACUCCGUAAACAGGAUUUACGUCGUCGUCGGCCCUGCAGUUCGAAUGCAUUCGAGUUUUUUUGUUUUGUUUUGUUUAAAAAGCAGAUGCGAACACAUGUAUUUCCUUUCGUUCGGUGUUUCAAAGUGAUAGUUCAUCAGGAAUCAGGGAAUGCACAAUAGAUCCAAUAAUGUAAUAUAAUGUAAUGCUCACU